AUGGACCUCUUCGUCUCCGGCUGUGCUUUCUUCGAACUGACCACCAAUACGGAGAAAACGGUGACCACGUACCAUCUGCCACCGAACGUUGAAUGCAAAUCUCCUCGGAUCACUGUCAGCGGCAACCAACUCCAAACCGUGGACAACUUCGCCUCGCUCAGCACAAACGGCGACGAUGAGGUUACUCGGCCGUUCUGCAGAGACAGCCAAACCUGCGGUCGACUGCAAUCGUCGCCGCCAAAUCCAAAAGGGCCGUUCGCAAGUUUCAGACCCCUCCGAUUCGCAAAAUGGCCACUCAGCCCCACCUAAAGGGUCCACGCUGUCAGUGAACAUUUCGUGCGGGGAUCGGCCUCGUCGCUCAUCUUCGGACUCAAUGCACCAGCCGUCCGACGACUGUAAUUCUUGCCUUCACGGCCGCCCCUGCUCCAACCUCCAUGCCGAACACGUCGGCGCCCACCCUCAACAACUUUGUUUCGAGUCCGAGUGCCGUAUUGUCGUCGACCAUCACCACCUUCAUUAUCUCUGCCGCAGUUGUCGCGGCGACAACUAACACAACCGCCUCUACCACCGACUAAAGCGUUUCUGACGUCCUAACAAACGCCCACACCUUCAUCAUCACCACCCCCACCUGCAGCGAUGUCGACUUGGUCCAUACCUGUCCUUAUUGUAAUCGCAUAUUCACCUCCAACAUCGGUGUGGUCGGUCACUUGCGAAUCCAUCGCACAGGCACUGGCGAACCAGUGCCUGGACCACCAACACACAUUCACCGCAUCCGCCUAAACCGUCAUCUCUGUCCGCGCACAUUCAUCUGCCGCAUGGGUCUUUUCGGUCACAAGCGUGUCUAUGACUGCGGAACACACCGCAGUUCCGAUGCAUCUAGCAUGUCUUGCACACAAUCAUUUUCCCAUCUCCCAGUGCGCUCACCAUCACCAUCAUUGAAACUGACUCUGCAGCUCCCGACCUAUCCUGCCCAUAUUGUCACUGCACGUUUAUCUCACACAUCGACCUGGUUGGUAAUUUACGAGUUCAUCGCACAUAGACUGGCGAAUCAGUGACAACAGACGCACUCGCCUCAUCGCAGAUACGACAUCAUUACACAUUCCCCCACCAACACAUGCAUCAUACAAAAACCCUCAAAAAUUCCACAACACCGGCACCUCCCACGAAACUGAGAAAUGUGUUUUUCGGUUCCUCCUCCACGUAAUUCAUUUGCUGCACGUAUGAUCCGAACAUGAAACUAUCGUGGUCUGCCAAGUGCCGUGGCUUGGAAGGUUGCCAAAUGACGCUUCAACUCAGUCCUCACAUUCAGCCCAGUGUGUGUUUGUGUGGGGUGGCUGGCUGGCUGGUGAUCCCAGAGUCAGACUGCAAUGGCUCCUUCUUACUGUGCCUUUUAUGGCACUAACACCUAGUGGGAGUCGAUCUGGGUGUGGCGGCACGUCUAGGGGGUGGCUCCUGUCACGCCAGUCGUCGCCCUUGUUGUUGUUGGCCAAAACUCUGGUCGGCGCUUGUUUGAGACCAGGGGAUGUGAUGGUACGCCUAGUCGCGCCAACCACCUACGUCCUCUCCCGCUUCCUGUCUUUUUACUUAUGUCUUGAUAUCGGGCCCACAUGGAGAGGAGAGAGUGUGGUAGAUGCUGUGAAGGUCUGGUAUAACUAUAAAAGGAGUCACGCACAUGUCACCGUGCCUGCUUUCAUCCCCCCCUCCCCCCUGUGGAGCACACAGUGAACAUCGCCUGUCACGGCGAUCUAACUUCCAGCUCCUUGUGCAUGAAACUUUGAUGUGUACGUAUUGGGUUCGGGUCGUGUGUGUGUGACAUGCGCAGACGGGCUAUCCUUGGCAGUAUGGCCACACAUGACACACCUUGUACAUCCGCCAACUCUUCCAUCCCCCCCCCCCUUCCUCCAGCGCGACCACCACUAGCAGCAUCCCACCGGCAACCGACACAGCAUCCCCCAGCCUAUCCUGUCAACACUAUCACCACACAUUUACCCCACGCAUCGGCCCGGUCGGUCGCUUGGGAAUUCGCCACAUAGAGACUGGCGAACCAGUGUCUGGAGUACUAACAUAUACCAGACGUCAUCGCCACAGUUGCCCGUAUUAGUCUCCGCAUUCAGCCAUCGUCUGGGCUUACUCAGUCACAUGCAACUCCACGAAAAUCUGCAGUAAAUCACCGCAGACAUGACCAAAUCACCAUACAUUAAUCCAACAACAAAUGCGCCGCACACGAACACCCAGAGAAUCAAACAACGUAGCCUCCCCUCACGUAAGCGGGAAAUGUGCCAUUCGGUUGCUUUAUCCUCACGGCACCUCUGACACACGCUGUAUCUGAGUGGUUCACAUCCUCCGGCGUGUGUGUGGCAUGCGCAGGCGAGGCGUUCUCAGCUCUGUCAUCCACCUUUCCCAAUCUCAGCAUCAGUUGGUUGAUCGGCUCGGGCAAUCGUCUAGCGCAGGGAAUAAAGUAGAAUGAUCGAGAUCGACUUUCAGCGAACAAUUCCUCACUAUGAACAAUCUGACACUCUUCAAACUAUCACAGUCUGUUAAAAACCGUGGCUUGAAGGCUGCUAGCUGACGCUUCAACCCACACCACGCAGUCGCCCCAGUUGAGUGUUUGUAUGUUGAGUUGUCGACUGGUCGAUUGAGGGUCAAAGCGUAAUGGCACCUUCUUACUGGCACUCUCAUACAUGUGGCAACCAAUCCGCCUAGGUUCGGCUUCGGCCGUGCCGGCCUCCAAUCUCUGUUGCUACUGGCUAAAAACAUGGUUAUUUGUUGUGUGUACCAGAGAGUGUGAUGGAACGCCAAGGUGUGGGUUCAACCGUGCCUCCACCUGCGGCCUCCCUCGUCUGCGGUCUUCUUGACUCUGUCUUGACACCGGGCUCAGGUGGGGAAGGAGGAGACAGUGUGGUAGAUGUUGCGCAAGUCUGCUGACACUAUAAACCCCUGCGCAAGUCACCGUCCCUGCUCCCACCAUCUGCUGUGGGGCAUACGGUGGACACCGUCGGAUGCGACGUCGUCAUUCUCAAUUCUACCACUCAUCUCGAUUAUAUCUGAGUAAAGUCUUAUGUCAGCCUCUCCUGGCAGGCUAAGUAAUGUGGGUUGCGAAACCAGUGAUCAAAAUCUACUGUUUCGCAUCGAACUUUUCCAAAACACAGUUGCAAUGAACGGGCUGCGGUUACACGAGUGUGAACAGUGCUUGGGACGCUUUAGGCAGUAGUCUUGUAGUAAACACGGGAACUUCGUUCGGUGAAAUAUCGAAAGCCCGUGGAGCAUCCAAAAACAGCCAGGGAAAAAUCCAAACGCGGAGGCAGACAUGUUAAGACCCGUUUUGCACAAUAUGUUGAAGAAUACGUCUGCGUUUGCAAGCCGGAAAAUGGGAGUCAUUUACGAGACAUACUUUUAUUACGAUUCUCAUUUUCUGCACCCUAGACUAUGGAAAAAUAAAUGGACAAGAUUACUUAGCACAAACGUCUUCCUUCUUUAUGGCAAAAGUAAUUGCAGACCGCGCUGGAUCUUCAUCAAAACACUUCACAAGGAUGAGAACAAGGGAGACGUAUUUAAGUGUAAAUAUUGAAGAGUAGGCAUCCCAAGAAAUAUAACUCUAAGUCAAAUAUGUUUUUUACAGAAAAGUAACGAGCCCUAUUUUGUUGAUUUCUAACGCCGAUUCCCUGGGUCGUCGUCAGACGUAAAACAAAUGAGGAGAACAGUAAAAAUCAAUGUUUGUUUGACGUCUGCACCAAUAAGCGGUCGCAGUGUUCCAACAUCCUGUCUCGAUUGGUCGAUGUCUCCCGCAUUGCUCCCUAAGAUUUCUGAGCACGGAAUUCAAGUCAGCAUGCCGAUUGAUGCACGACUCGCCCGAGUGCACAGUCUUGAGGAAAUUUCGGCCUUUCUUGGCAGACCACGACAUUGCGAGUUUUGUCCUAAGUGAGGGUGUACCCCGUAUCUACAGUAUGCACGUCCGCUUAAGCCAAGUGCUCUCGCUACUUUACUGUCAAUUGCUGUUCUUGGAUGCGUGUAAAGGCGGAUUUUGAAGUUUGACCACAAGACACUGCAUCACCUGGGAUUUCACGGACGAAUUCCGUAUCCAGAUAGCUAACCGUAUUCUUAGGGUUACAAGCUGAGUGCUGAGUGUAACCGUCGCCUUGUGUUCCGCUUGUAUUGUGUGUUUCCUCGGGUGUCUUUCAACGAGCUCAGACGCGUUAUCAGUAUAUCGAAAGGCACCUUGGAAUAGUUUGUACGCCAAUACAUAUUGCAAACUAAACAGAACCAAAUACCUGGCGAAUUCUUUCUUAUAUUGAACAUAUGUCUGAACUUCUAGGAAGACAUUUAAAGAAACACCAAAUAUAAGUGGAGCACAAACCGACGACAACAUUGCGCACUUAACUUAAACACGCCAAGGAUAGGGUUGGCUAUUUAGAUAGAAAGGAGCUCGUCUACGAGGGCCCAUGCGGAGCCUGCGAUGAAGUUUACUGUGGUCAAGCGGGAAAAUCCGCCUCUCCACGCAUUUAUGUACACCAAUUGGCAGAAAGGAGGCGAAGCUACCCGUCCCAAGUGGUCCUGCAUUCUCUGAACACUGGAUGCGCCUUCGUCUGGGACAAAACUCGCAUUUUCGGUGUCUGUUUCUCCAAGAAGGGCCGAGAUUUCUUCAAGGCCAUGCACUCAGAUUAAUCAUGCAUCAACCGGCAUAUCAAGCUGGAUGCCCCGUACAAAAGUCUGUGAGAAAUGAAUGGGACAAGCGCCAGUCAGAACGGACUGACGCAAGUGACGGCCGCAUAAUUGCGUAAACGCCAAGGUAUUCGGAUCGUGGCUGCAUAUGAAUGUGAUGAUGGUCCUUACCAGGCACCUCCGUCGAGGCUUUUAAGCGGAAGUUGGACCAGUAUACCACCAAACAUCAUAAUGUCAUCUGACCGAUAGCGUCUUAGUGUUCCAUGCCAACAGUUUAUUAUUGUUAUAAUAUUACUGAUUAUAUACCAGUAACGUUUGUGUUUACUGUAUAAUUAUCCCAAGUGCAUUGAAUGUUAAUGUAGGUUCCGAUUAAUCUCCCUCAGAAACUGAGAUUGCACAAAUAUCCUACAGCACAAUUAUGCAUAGACUGACUACUGCACAACACAUUUAGUAAUGUUAACAAUUCGUCUAUCUGACCGGUCUCGAAAAAAUUCUACGGCUGUUUGAAGUCCCCAUUUCCAAAUUUUUGAUUUAAUUUGCUUCCAUGUGACAAAGAUGGAGUUCAAAGGUUGAACACGUACGUUUCCUUCCGAUAAACUAAACUGAACUAAAGAACCUUGAUGUCCACGCCAGUGUGACCAACACCGCCUAGGGUACAAAUCCUGCUACUACAACCUAAAAUACGUCAGUCUGUCCUCAUUCCGGCGACCAUUUGCAACUAAGCUCGCACUCGAUUAUCAGACGUCGAUUAUCAUAGCACCCUUAACCCAAACGUCCCAUUUAGAGCUUUGGCUUCGCAAGCGUCCGAGCACACAAACGUCCGUGAACAGUUCUGAGUUUGGUUCUGGAAAUCAACAUUUUCGUCCUGCCAUACAUCACUGAAAGAAGCAAUAUCCCUGGGUUGUCUUUCCGCACGUCAAGACGAGGACAUGGCCGGAACUACCACCUUCAUUCGACGUGACUUUUCCCAAUUCACGGAGAUUCGCAAUCAGUGGGACUGUGUGAUCACGUAUUCGAGGUAAUUCCACAACAGCCUUGUUGUUUAUAUGCUCUACUCCAGGUAGAUGGAAGAACUCACUUUGCACACAAAGUUGUUCUUACUGCAUAAGUACCUUAUUUUGAGAAAAUGUUGUUUGGCAGCGACUACGACGACAAAGACACCGCAAGCCUACCGCCUUCUUCCCCUAAUUCAGUCAAUAGAGACUUUCGAGGCUCUUAUUGCCUUUGUCUACUACGGUCUCAAGUCCGAAGCAAGCGCUGUGGUAACCGAGGGCUUCCUACAGUCGAAGGUUAGUUACGUCCACCUGGAUGCUUUGUUGCAGCAGCGGCAAACGUUUUCGACCCUUCGUCUUUACAUCCUUUUCGUCGUUGGUUGCCUCUGCCACUUUAUUUGA